AUGUUCUGUCUACGAAGCUGGCUACCUCUCCUUUUCAUCCCGACCAACGCCUCCCCCACUCUUCAUAAUAUCGUUUGUUGCCUUGACAUACAUCAUCCACCGGCCAUCGAUUAUGCUAUCUCAGGCAACGCAACCUCCGAAGCAACAAUGUCUGGCGAGGGUCUGACGGAAUUUGUUUUCGAUACUAUGAACUCUACCGCCAAAGCCUUGGCUGGUGCUGCGUUGAAGGGCGUCCAGCAAGGACUUUCCCCCAAUGGAAUGGAGUCAAGGCCCAACGAGUGGACAGGAGUUGGGUUGGAGUGGAUGCGCAGCCUCUUGGGGAGACGGGAGUGGACUCUUCCAUGUGUCGAUGUCAAAGUUCGACUAUGA